UUCUCUCUCACCCACCCUACAGACUUCUCUCCCAUUUUUCUCUACGCUCAAAUUUGUAUUUUAAUAAUUUUUGUUCCCCCAAAAAGUAUUGAGAAUCGCAAAAAAAAAAAAAAACUGAAUUGGGAAAAAUUAUUGAGAAAAAAAAAAGAGAAAAGUUUUAAACAAAAGGAAAGGAGAUCGUGAGCCAGGGAGGCACAGCUGAAGAAGGAGAAUUUAGGGUUUGGAGACUCCGAAGAAUUUGGCGUUACCGUUGUGAUUUCUUCCUUCAUUAUACACCUGUGUCUUUUGAGAGCUCUUCUCCUCGUCAUGGUGGCCACCUCUGCUACGUCGUCAUUUUUUCCUGUACCAUCUCCCUCGCUUGAUCCUAAUGGAAAGGGAAGCAAGGUUGCGUCCACGAAUUUUGCUGGACUCAAUUCAACACCAAACUCUGGCAGGAUGAAGGUUAAGCCAAACGCACAGGCUCCACCCAAGAUUAAUGGGAAAAAAGUUGGUUUGCCAGGUUCUGUAGAGCUCUUAAAGACUGAUAACGAGACGUCACAUCCCGCACCGAGAACAUUCAUCAACCAGUUACCUGACUGGAGCAUGCUUCUUGCUGCCAUUACAACGGUUUUCUUAGCAGCUGAGAAACAGUGGAUGAUGCUUGACUGGAAACCCAGGCGUUCUGACAUGAUAAUGGAUCCAUUCGGUUUAGGGAGAAUCGUUCAGGAUGGCCUUGUGUUCCGUCAGAAUUUCUCCAUUAGGUCAUAUGAAAUAGGUGCUGAUCGCUCUGCAUCUAUAGAAACAGUCAUGAAUCAUUUACAGGAAACGGCCCUCAACCAUGUCAAGUCUGCUGGACUGCUGGGAGAUGGGUUUGGUUCUACCCCUGAGAUGUUUAAGAAGAACCUGAUAUGGGUCGUUACUCGUAUGCAAGUUGUGGUUGAUAAAUAUCCUACUUGGGGAGAUGUUGUCGAAGUAGAUACCUGGGUCAGUCAGUCUGGAAAGAAUGGUAUGCGUCGUGAUUGGCUAGUUCGGGAUUGCAAUACUGGAGAAAUAUUAACGCGAGCAUCAAGUGUGUGGGUGAUGAUGAAUAAACUGACAAGGAGAUUAUCAAAGAUUCCUGAAGAGGUUCGAGGGGAGAUAGAGCCAUAUUUUGUGAAUUCUGACCCUGUCCUUGCGGAGGACAGCAGAAAGUUAACAAAACUGGAUGACAAGACUGCUGACUAUGUUCGAUCUGGUCUCACUCCGCGAUGGAGUGACUUAGAUGUUAACCAGCAUGUUAACAAUGUAAAGUACAUCGGGUGGAUACUGGAGAGUGCACCGGUGGGGAUGAUGGAGAGGCAGAAGCUGAAAAGCAUGACUCUCGAGUACCGGAGGGAAUGUGGAAGAGACAGUGUGCUUCAGUCCCUUACCGCAGUGUCGGGAUGUGAUAUCGGUAAUCUCGGGACAGCCGGAGAGGUGGAGUGUCAGCAUUUGCUCCGACUCCAAGAUGGAGCCGAAGUGGUGAGAGGACGAACAGAGUGGAGUUCCAAGACACCAACAACAACUUGGGGCACCACACCGUCGUAAAAGAAAACAAAAACCACCACCACAACAUUGGGGUCCUUUUGGUUCCUUUGUAACUAUACCUCCUCCUCUUCCUCCUCCUGCUACUUGCUUGCACAACCACCACCAUUGCAUUUCCUCUCAAAAGUUUGGGCCACCUUUGUAUAUUUCUUCUUCUUCUUCUCCUUUUUGUUUUUAUUUUUCUUCGAUGGAGAUUUAUUAUAUUUAUUUAAUCUUUCUAUUUAUUUUUUUCUUUUCUUUUUAAGGGGAAUGGGUGUCGUCUCUCUCAUUACGAUUGUGUUUAUUAUGUAAUCCCCAUGUGCCAGCGCCAGACAAGGCAAUAACUCUCUUAUCACUAAAUUUAUUGUACUUUCUUGGGUAUUUGUAGCUGUUUCCAGCCAUAUAUAGACACGUGCACGAGUCUGAA